UCCUCCCCUCCUCUAUUCUCUCGCUUUCUUCGGCUCUGCUCGUCGUCGUCCCCUUCGAUCUCUCCCCUACUCCCCCAAGCCCCCUUGCCCUUCUUCUUCUCCUCCUCCUUCAAUUACUCCUUCUAAAUCUCUUACUUUCCAUCUCCGCGUGCUUUCUCAUCUCGUCUAGAUCACACUUUCCCCGCUUCCCCGCCCCCGGAUCCCUGCCGCCUCGUCGUGAUUCAUCAAUAAAAUCCGGCGUACCGCCUUGUGCUGGGGAUCCACCGGCUCAGAAAUCCACGCAUUCACGGGAGUCUCCUGUGCCUCCCCGACGGCUGGCCCUGGGCUGGCGGCGCGGCAUAUGUUGAGCGCGGGCGCGGGGGAGGGCGAGGCCUCGGCAGCCGGGCCGUCGCAGGUGGUGAUGGUGAGGCGGGAUCUUCUUGCCAAGUGCAUGACGUGUCCGCUCUGCCUGAAGCUCCUCCGGGACGCUACCACCAUCAUCGAGUGCCUCCACACGUUUUGCAGGAAAUGUAUAUAUGAGAAACUCAAUGAUGAGGAGACAAACCACUGCCCUAGCUGUAAUAUUUAUUUGGGGCCUCUUCCACUUGACAAGCUUAGACCUGAUCACAACCUACAAGAUGUUAGGCAAAAGAUAUUUCCUUCCAAAAGAAACAAGGUUAAAACUCCUGAAGAAGUGCCUCCCAUGACACCGCCUGUGAAAAGAAAAGAAAGAUCACUUUCUUCAUUGGUCGUUGAUAUUCAUACAGCAACACAGACAAGACUAACAAAAAGGCAAACAAAGGCUUUUGCUAAAAGGGCUCCCACACUGCGUGGUCUGAGUCCAGUAAUUGAUGAUAUGACUAAAAAGGAGGAUUAUAAUGUUGAAAAGCAUGCAAAAAAAUCAAGCUCGGCUGAGAGACCAGGCAAGCCCACUUUUAAGAGAAAGCAGUCUUUUCAGGUUUAUUCAAAGGCUGAGCCAUCCAAAUAUACACGUACUGAAGGUAAAUCGAAUGGUGAAGGCUCCUUUCAAGAUAAAGUUGACAUCUGGAAACCUUUAAAUUGUCUGGUUGAAGCUGCAAAUAGGACAAAGUCUUUUAGGUCCAGUCAACACAGCCCUGUUGUUAAGGCAGAGCAAACCAAUGGCCCUGCUAGUGAAGUAGAUGGUAACAGCAUCAGGGUUAAGGAGCGUCCACAUAAAUCUGAAGUUCAGGAACAGAAGAGCGAAAAUAAUCCUAUGCCUCCAGAAAUGUUGAAAGCUGGAAGUUUGCAAGGAAUCAACCAGCAGACUAGAAACCUUACAGCAGUAGCUCAAACACCCCUUGAUGCUGGAAUUACUCAGCAUGUCAGGAGCAUUGGUCCAAUAUGGUUCUCCUUGGUUGCAGCUGUUGAACAGACAGGAGAACCCCCCUUGCCACAAAUAUCUGCAAGUUACUUGAGGGUCAAAGAUGGUAGCAUGCCUGUGUCCUUCGUCCAAAAGUACCUUAUGAGGAAGCUUAAUCUUGAAAAGGAAGCUGAGGUGGAAAUCAUGUGCCUCAGACAACCUGUGAGCCCCACUAUGUCUAUGCAAAACUUGGUAGAACAGUGGCUAAGAGGGGGGUCAUCACAGAAGCUUCCGGCAGCCAUUGGAACCUCAGCAAAGGAGUUGGUGAUGGUGUUAAAUUACGGUCGUUGCAAGGUUCCAGCCGAUGAAUCACAGCAACAGCAUUCAUAAAACCUUCAUUGAAGUUAAAAAGUCCAGGCAUUUAAGAGGAAGUCGAAGACUCCUUGCUUCUUUCCCUCAAGUUUCUAUUCCUUUCUUCCUCUUGCUUUAGCUGGAUAGUUUCUCAUUUUGCUGUAAAGCAUUUCACUGUUUGUCCGAUAACAUUUCAUCUAAUUACAUGUAAAUUGCAACAAAUGGCCCUGCAACAAUGGUUUACCGAAGGAAACUUACCGACUAA